AUGAUCCACGAGCCCUCCGGUGGGUUUCUGGGCCAGGCGUCUGACAAAGCGAUUCAUGCCAAAGAGAUCCUCAAACUCCGCGAGCGCCUCUACGCCAUCUACGUGAGGCACACGCACCAGCCCGUCCACUGGAUCGAGUGCUUCAUGGAGCGAGACACGUACAUGUCUCCUGCGGAGGCCAAAAAGUUUGGCCUAAUCGACGCAGUUAUUCAGAACUGCCCUAUCGCGACUGAUGUUUCUGGCGGAGGAGGCGGCUGCGGCGACGGGAAGCGUGAGACAGAGGAAGAUGCUGCUGGCGGAGGAGGCGGCGACAGCGGCAGCGGCGAGGGGAAGCUUUUCCCCGUUAUUAAGGAGAAGGAGCGGAUAGUGUGCAUCAACGGUCCCAUCAUUGAUGACACUACAUCCAUUGUGGUGUUGCAGCUCAUCUCUCUCGCGAAAGAUCGUCAGAGUAAACCAGUGCACCUGUUGAUCAACUCCCCUGGGGAAACUCCUGGGGAAAUUAUCUCUGCGGGGCUCGUUAUUUAUGACACGAUCCAGAGCAUCCACAUUCCUGUGGCAACGCUAUGUCUCGGUCAGGCUGGAUCCAUGGCCUCACUCCUUGCCACGGGCACUCCCGGCCAACGCUGUGCCCUUCCUAACUCACGUAUAAUGAUUCACCAGCCCUUCGGCGGCUUUCUAGGUCAGGCCUCUGACAUAGCCAUUCAUGCCAAGGAGAUCCUCAAAGUCCGCGACUACCUCUAUGCCAUCCACACGAAGCACACACACCAGCCCGUCCACCGGAUUGAGCAGUUCAUGGAGCGCGAUAUAUUCAUGUCGCCUGAGGAGGCUAAGAAGUUCGGCCUCAUUGACGAGAUUAUUUAG